UCUCUCUCUCUCUCUCGCUCUCGCUCUUGGAACCGUUCGAAUCCAGAGGUGCGGCAAGAUGAGAGACGAGGGGCCGACCCGGUUCCGCGGCGUAUAGCUAGCAACGUUCAUCCCGCGGAACGGAUCCGGCCUUUUAUAGAAGCCUGAGAGCCCGUAACCCGUCACCGGAUUCCCCUCGGUGAGGCCACGUGACCCCGACGCCGUUUCCACGGUUCCGUUCCACGGAUUCCAGAACCUUCCAAGAUUGAUCGAAAGAAAGAGGAUAUCACCGUCGCGAUCGCCAACGAUGAGCGCGAGCCUUCGUGAGAUUUGAUCGGAUGCAGCGGAACAAGACGCCUCCGCCCGCGCCGCAGCCACCGUCUCCGGGAGCCGGAGUCUCGGCGGCCCAAGUCCGGAGGCAGCCACUGAUCCUAAAGCAGCCGACGCGGCCCGGGCCGCGAUGCGCGGAGCUGGCCGGGGUCACAGCGGCGGACUGCGCCGCAGUGUGCUGCUGCGGCCCCUGCAUGGUGGUGAACCUCGUGGUGCUGACCGCGGUGAAGCUGCCGGCGCGGGUCUGCCGCCGGGUGUUGCAUGCCCGGGACAAGCGGAAGGAGAGGGCCAGGAAGCGGAAGGAGGCCCGGCUGCUGGGGCCCAGGUCCGAUGCCGGAGGCGACAGGCUUUCCACUGUGACGACGGAAGACUUGAACGGCGACGUGGAGGGGCCGUCACCAGCAGAGGUGGCAGAGGUGGAGAAGGAGAUAUUGGCCCGAUUCCAGCGCACCGGCUUCUGGCGGAGCCCGUCCCGGAGCGAGUCCCAACGCCGACUGGAACGGUACCCUUAA